GCUGGUAAUUUAUUACUUGUAAUGUUUUAAUAUAUAUUGGAGAGUAAAGAAUAUGUGAGGUUUUUUCAAUGUGUAGUGUAUUCUUGGCCAAAAGCAUGCAAAAGUUGUUCUUCCUUGUGGAGCGCUGCUUUCAAUUACGUGAACCUGUAUUGCUUGUUGGUGAAACGGGUGGAGGGAAGACUAUUGUAUGCCAGUUACUAAGUGCCUAUUUGCAAUUGAAGUUACAUAUUUUGAACUAUCAUAAGCAUACAGAAACAUCUUACUUCAUUGUGGGAUUCCGUCCUCUAAGAGAGAGAUCUAGACUGAUUUCUAACUAUAAAGAGAUUGUUGAACAACUGAAGAAGCUAGAGGGAUUUAGAUACUUUCUUGAAGAGCCCUUAGUUUCUUCUGACAUAGAGCAAGCUACCUCAACCCUUGAUAUGCUUAAUGGCUAUAAAGAAGGUCAAAUUUAGAUUCCUGAUGUAAGCAGGGAUGAUCUUUGUGCUUUUGAGGAGUUAAAGUUUGAGCUCGAUGUCUUGCACAAGAAGUGGCAGAGCAUAUUUGAAUGGCAGGAUGGUCCCCUUGUAAAAGCAAUGAGAGGGGGUGAUCUCUUUCUUGUUGAUGAGAUAUCUUUGGCUGAUGAUAGUGUACUUAAGAGACUGAAUAGUGUGUUGGAGCCAGAAAGGACGCUAGUAAGUUAAGUCAUACUGAUAUUCUGUUUUUAACUUCCUUUUAGACUCAUGAUGUAUCAAGUAGCACCACUUUUUUCUUUAUAUAGGAUUGAUGAUCACUGUUUUUAUGUUCCCUGCAAAGAAAAUUAGGUGUGUUUGGUUUGUGUUUUCAUUUUCAGUAUUUUCUAUUUUUAGAAUUUUGUGAAAAUAAAAGAUACCUCUCUAAACCUUUACUAAAUGAGCUUGAAGGCAUUGCGCUGAAAAGGUACCUUUCUAAGCCUUUACUGUUACAGGAUACAAAUUUAGAUAUGCAGAUAUUUAAUAUUUGGUUUAUUUGAUUUAUUUACAGAAUUUCCAAGCUUAAAAAUGCGGGAAACGUAAAGGAAGAUUAUCGUGAAAGGCUCCUGGAAGUUGAUAAUGCUAUGAUAAGUUUUUUUUAGUGGUUCAACUAAUUACAUCCUAGCAGAAGGCUUACUGUGAGAGAUCUCAUUUCUUAGGUUGACUUUUUGGAUGUAAUGGAAGAAACCUUAGGUCCUGAAUAUGCACUUCUUCAUGGAAUCUUUCUUGUUUUGCUUGAUGGAUUAAGUCUAAGUAUAGCUUGCCACUUAUUUUAUGCCUUCAACUUUCUCUAAUUUCUCAUUCAAAUAUAUUAUUUCCAUGUUGAAUAUUUUUGUGCUGCUUCUUUUCUUUUAAUAUGUCUCUGGUGUCGUUUGACUUUUAUCCUUUUAAAAAUUCCAUCUAGUAUGACAAGCCUUGAAGGAUUAUUCUUUUUUUAUGUUGGUCUUUCAACAACAGCACUAUCAUCAUGCCUUUGAUUUAACCUCAACUUCUCCUUCCUUCACUGCCAAGUUGAACAAUGUUGAUGUUGCCUCAAGUAACUUGCAGUACGGGACAUUCAACACCAACCUUGCUUCUUCAGGUUGUUACGUUGAGACAGGGCAACAGCAGCAGCAGCAUCAUUUGUUCCAGCAGAAGGGGCAUUUUGGGACUCGGUCCGAAUCAUCCAUGGCUGACAAUAGUCAACAGACCGAUGAUAAAACCCAUUGCAAUAAUAGGGCCGGAAAUGGAGAACUUGUAGUUGUGGACUCCAAUGAUCAAACUAAGCUUAAACAUGAGGAUCAAAAGACUCUUCAUAGACUGGCUCAGAAUUGUGAGGCUGCUAGAAAGAUUCGAUUGAGGAAGAAGGCAUAUGUGCAGCAAUUGGAGAAUAGUAGAGUUAGGCUUGCACAAUUAGAGUAAGAACUUCAACGCGCACGUCAGCAGGUCUUAAUUUGAUUUUAGAGGUUGUACUGUUUAAUAUGGUUUUGUUGUUAUUUCUGCUUACCAUUAUGUCCAUGGGAUGAUGUUUCCUUUAGGGUGUAUUUGCUGCAACUGGAACUGUGGGGGAUCCUACUUGCGCAGUUGUCGGAAAUGGUAAUGUUUAUAAAUAAGCCAGAGAAUGUUUAUCUGAGUUGUGACUGAUCUUGUUGAUGUCUUGUGGAACAAAAUAAAAAAUUGUUAGGUUUGUGUAUUUUCUGCUGAUGGAGAGAUUAGAGAUGAAUGGAAACUUUUCCAUUCUAGGUUCCCCUUGCAUAAAUAAUCACUGAAUGAUAAUUAGGCUAAUAUUUUAGUUAUGAAGAGCUAGAUAGAAUACUUGUUGUCGAGUUCAAUGAGCUUCAAAAAUUAAUCUCUUGGUUUGAAAUGUUCAUAGAUUAGGUGCCUUAGCAUUUGAUAUGGACUAUGCGUGCUGGAUUAAUCACAUCAACGGCUGAUUAGUGACCUAAGAUCAGCCAUAAAUUCUCAAAUGGGUGAUAAUGAAUUGAAUCUUCUUAUUGAUGGUGUCUUGGCACAUCCUGAUGAACUAUUUCAGUUAAAAACCAUAGGGGCCAAGGCAGAUGUAUUUCACAUACUUUUCGGAACAUGGAAGACACCUGCAGAAAGAUGCUUCAUGUGGCUAGGUGGAUUCCGUUCAUCAGAGCUUCUUAAGGUGAUUGAUCAUCCACAUUAUUGCUCAGAAAAAUGAAUAAUAAGUGCAUUUUUCUUACUGUCUAUGGAGCAGGCUUAUGUGCAGCAAUUAGAGUCAAGUAGAUUAAAGCUUACACAACUUGAACUCAGAUUGGAGGAAAAAAUUUCCAAUUCAGAGUCAGAAAACCAAGUUCAUCGCCAGCAAGCAUUGGC